AUGAGCGCACAAGGAAGAAAGAGACAAAAAAUUCUCGAAGAAGUUAUUGAAACAGAGGAAGAAUAUGUCAACAAUUUAGAAACUUUGCUUCAAGUCUAUGAAAAACCUUUAUUAGAAAAAGGAGAAGAAUUUGGAUUCACCAAGUCCAUGCAUAUUAAAGUAUUUAAUGAUUUGGGUCCUAUUCGAAUUACCAAUGGAAGACUUUUAGCAGAUUUAAAGAAAUUAAUGGAAGAAGAAAAGGAAAUGGGAAAGAAACCAGAAAAGACCAUUGGAGAAAUAUUUCUCAGAUAUGCUCCAUUUCUAAAGAGUUAUACGACUUAUUGUAAUCAAUACAAUAACAUUUCCACAAUCCUUAGAAAUGUCAAAAAGGAACAUCCAGAGUUGGAUAAAUUCUUAUUGGCACAACAAAAGAGUGGACUUUAUGGAGUGAAUAAUAGAGCUCUCAAUUCAUUCCUCAUUCUUCCAGUACAAAGAAUUCCUCGUUACAAAAUGUUACUUUCUGAACUUUUAUCUAAAACAUCACAAUAUCACAAAGAUUUCGCAUCCUUGACUGAAGCUCUUAAAGCAGUUUCUGACAUUGCUGAUUAUGUCAAUGAAAAGAUUAGAGCAUUUGAAUCUGAAGAAAGACUUGUUUCACUCUUUUCUCAAUUCGAAGAAGAUAUGAUUAAAGAUGGAAUGGAAGAAAAGGAAAUGUCAGAAAAACAAACCAGAAGAUAUCAAAUGGAGAUUUUAAAGAAUGUGAAAUUCUUUUCUUCUUCCAAACACUUAAAGAUGCAGAAAGUGAAUUUUUAUUUGUUUAAUGAUUUAAUCCUUGUGAGUUUGCCACCUCCACCACAACCUCUUCAAUUGGAUCCAAAAGAUGAAAAGAAGAAAAAAGAAGAACCUCCUGUUGAAAAGUACUUGUGUCGAAUUCAUCUCGAUUCUCCUCCUUAUCCAUGGAUUCGUGACAUUGCUGACAAGUACAUUCCAGAACUUUCUUUAGGUUUAGGUACUUGGGGUGUGGAUCCAAAUAUAGCAAAAAUUAGAAAUACUCUUUCGACUCCAUCGAGUCCUGCAUCUGCAAGUUUACCAUCUUUGUCCACCACAUCGAUGGGAUCUGUUGGUGGAAUUAUCACCUCAAGUCAUGCAUCACUUUCGGUUCCAUCUGUGAAUCGAGAAACGAGAGCAAGUAGCACUGAUUCAUUGGCAAUGACAGAAGGAUUUGAAAUUAUUGGCCUUCAAAAUGCUUUUCAAAUUAUUGCUCAUGAUGACGUUUAUGUUUUUGAUUUUCCAGAUUUUGACACCAAAGUCAAAUAUAUUUGUCAAAUUACUGACAAUAUCCAUGAAUAUGCCAAGAAUGCAACCACCCUAGAAUAUGCCGUUGUUCACAACAGUGGUUUAAUUCCAUAUCCAUUUUAUAGCAAUUUGGCAUACUUGUCACAAAAAAUGUCUUGUCUUGAAACGGCUGACAAGAAAAAGAAACGUUCUUCUUCAAGCUCUCGAAUUGAUCAAACAUCUUCACCAUCAACUCCCACAAAUAGUCCAAGCAGUGGUGAAGAAAAGAAGAAGGGAAUAUUUAGAUUUUUCAAAAGUAAGAAACAUUUGAAAGAAGAAAAAACCAUCUCUACUCAAUUCGAAGAAAUUGAAAUGGAUCCCUAUGAAAUCAGUCCAGAAGCAAUUCCCAGUGUUCCAGAAAAGAAUAUUCCGCAUAGUGCUCAUCUCAAUCAAGUGAAAGAACGUGACAUUACUGAAAGAUUUUACAUUGCACAAGCCAUUAACACUUACAGACCUCAUCGCUUUUUUAACAAUGUUGGAGUUGGACAAGUCGAUUCGAAGGGAGUCAUGUCCUUCCAUCGUGGAGAUAUUUUAAUCAUUUUUGAAAAGCCAAAUAGUGAUUUUGUGUUGGCAAAGAAAGCUGGAUUGAAUAGUGAUCCCGAUCGAAGACAGAAAAUUCUUGAAAGUUACAUUCCACGUGAUUUUGAAACUUUGAAAAAUUUGAUGAAUAUUCAAAAGAAUAGAGAAGGUGUGAAUGCUGGAGAUCCACCUGCUGUGAAACAAUUGAGACGAGUGAAACAUCAUUUUGUACAAAUUAGAGAUUUGUUGAACGAAUUGUUGGAAUAUUAUUCCAAUGGUGGAAAGAAUAAUAAUCAACCCACCAAUGUCAGAAAUAGCACUGCUCACAUCAUGGAAAAUAACACUCGAGGUGAUGAUUUGUUAUCAAAAAUGGAUUUGUUGUCACUGUUCGAAUCAAGUAAUGAAAGGAAGAAGUCCACAUCUUCCACCAAUUUGGAAAAGGAACGAGAAAUUGCCAAAAAAAGAAAGUCUCUCUCCAUCGUCUUUGAUGGCGAAUCCAACAAGACUUAUGAAAACGAUGAGGAAGAGAGUUUAUUUAGAAAUUUGAUCAAUCUCUAUGAGGAGUGGAAUGAGGUAGGCCUUGUACCUGUGAAAUAUAUUGAUGAGUUCAAGUCACACAGCACAUCCACAAAACUUGAAAAGCUCAUUGAAUGGAGAAACGAACAGGAAGAAAGAAAGAUUAGAAACUUUGUCAUUAAGAAGAAGAAAGCCACUAAAGCAGUAGAAAUUGAUGAGUUGGGUGUGAGUUGUAGUAGUGCCAUGAUGGGAUUGCCAAGAAUUGACACCAUGAAAGAAAAAGAAGUCUCAUCUCUCUUGAAGAAAUCGAAAAAGCAAGAAUAG